UUGUCUCCCAUUAAAGAGCACUUCAAGAAGCCCAAGGUUCUCUCAUUUUAAAUUUUCCCAACCUCGCUCGUGUAAGAAGAAACUGUUCGCGUUUUUUAUCGUUAAAAACACAGUUUUAAAUUUUAAUAUAUGCUAAAAGCAGACUCUCAACAUACAACAGGUCUGCAAUACGUCUAAAUAACUGUUUCUUCAAGCGCUAAUCAUCUACGACAGAAAGCUCAGUACAACUUGGCAUCUUUACGGUCUGCCAUUUUGGUGGCCAAUGAAAGCCAGUGAAGAAAAAAAAUAUCCAAAUCGACUGUUUCAUUAGAUAAAACGAUCUUAAAUACAAUACGAGUUUCGAGAGAUUAUAGCAUGACUAUAAUUUCGUCUCAUUCAAUGCUACGAUUCUUGAUUCAUUAUUCCACCCGCUUCUAUCCAUGGCCACACUUCUCCCUCCCCUCCCUUCAUCUUGUGGGUUGAGGUUUGUGUCAGGCAUUCUUUUUUAAUAAUUUGAAUGUCAAAAAAGGUAUUUCUGUUUUGCUGAACCGACAAUAAUUCAAUCGUCAUUAGUUACAAUAUACAUCACAAUGUAACAAAUUACAACUGAUUUACAGCCUACGCGUAGCCGUACCCUCCCUCCCCCCAUGGUUAAACAUGGGAGGGAGGGUACGCCUAUACGUGGGCUAAGAAAAAUAUGACGCAUACUGGCACCGGAUUGGUUUUCAGGGGGGUGUUUUUGAUUUAAAAGAUACUAGUAAUGGAAUUAAGUCAUCACGAUUGCAAGGUUAAAGGAUGGUCCGAAAGAGGAAUAGUUGGCUGAGAAAUGGAGCUUGAUAGAACUGUAAGAUUUCUUUAUUGAUCUUUCAUUUCGAUAAGUGUUUUAUCCACUGGUUUGACACACCAUUACUAAAGCUAACCCUAGCUAAAGGGUUAUUUUCUUUUUCCAUGACACUCCAUGAAUUUCCUUAUGAACUGAAACAAAAAACAAUUUGAACUAUUGCAUGGACAGGAUAACUUUUCAUAUAUUCACAGUCAAUCAGAAUAACUCAGUCUUCACACUUUGUUUUCUCACUGCUUACAAUGAAGCAUCUAAAUUGAGGAAAGUUGUCCUCUUCAACAAAGGAAUCUGUCAACAAAUUCCAAAAUGAUACUUAGAGGUAAUUUCCUGACACAAAUUUGAAAUCAGACGUCUCGGGGUUGAAGCCAGUUUUCAUUUAAUUCAAAAGCCCUACGACAUGAAAAUUUUUGUUGACCACGAACAACAGAGCAAUUUGGGACACAAAAACAGUGACUAAAUCUAAUAAUUUCGCGUUUCAAAAGAGAGGAUGCGAUCACCGAGAGUUUCGCUGGAAUCGCUCACGUCAAAAUUUGCAAAAGUUUACAUUUCUUUUGACCAAGAUAAAGCACUUAAGGAGGCUGCGAAUUUCCUGUGUUAAAGUAGGAAAGAAAAGGAAAAAGUUUUAUUGUUUUAAUAAAAAUAUGGUAAAAAAACACUUGAAAGCUGUUAAUUGAAAAAUGAAUCAGGGUCACGCCCUAUAAGCGAUUGUGGGUAUGACAACCUAGUUAAAACGAUUUUCCGCCUCUAGCUCAUACUGAACUCCUAAGGGAACUUAGCUUCUCUGAGAUUUUCAUUGCAGUUUCUCUGACGUUCAAAACUUUGCUGUGGCUCUUUGGUUGUGUAAUUAAUAGCGAUUCAAGUGAACGUAUGGUUUACUUAAAUUAACUUUUUGAGUGAUGUGAGGGUUCAUUACGAGAGAAAUCAAAUAUAAAACCACCAAUAACUUUAAGAUCGCCCUGUGCAGAGUAAAAUCUAUCAGCCGAGAGAAGUGUAGAGGGAGAGAUCGAGAAAAAUGAGAACGAAAAUGCAAUUCUCAGUGGGCUUCGUAGUUCUUUCUUGUUGUGCAGCAGUUUUGCGAUUUCAUCCCACACAGGGAAAGAAAAGAUCAUUCGAAGUACUGAUCAAACAUCAAGGCAAAAUGUUCAAGGAGGUUGUGGAGAUCGAUGUUAAAGGGAAAACGGAAACAUUUCACGUUCCAUCGCAAGGUGACCUCGAAGCAGCGGAAAUCAUUAAUGAUUUUCGUAAGAAAUUGAUGAUGAUCAGCUUACCACAGAAACAAAUGUGCUUUUUGACAAAGCUCACUGGCAGAGUGCCACGCCCUACCAAGAUGGCCAAAUCCUUUAGAAAGGCAACAAUGGAUGGUAAGGAAUUUCCAUUGGAGAAAUUGACAAUUACCAUGGAAACUAAAGAGUUGAUAUAUGACCUGGGUGAUCUUAGCUACGCCAUGAAGAAAAUGUGUGAAGGUUUUCCUAUUUACCACAGUGAACCUGCUAAAGAUACCAUUUCCAUCUCAGCAGUUGCUGAUGAAGGUAAAUGAAAAAUCAUAUAACUAUAAAGAAUUAAUCUGGAGACUUGUGAGUCAGUCUUGAUACUGAAAGAUAAGCCUUUUUAAUUGGGUGGAAGGCAUCAG